AUGUUAUCUCAUCUGUUGGCAUACCGUCGUUCACGGGAUUUUAUUGAUGUGUGUGAGGUCUCUGAGAACGUCCCUGCCUUCACUCCUGCUUUUAGUCACUGGCAUCUUCUUUUAACUUGGGCCGUCUGGCCGUGCAUGGUUUUGGGGGAGUCCCCCUUGACUCUGCAGAUGCUGAGCAGUGAUCUGGCUGGGAAAGGGGACCAGGAGUGCAGGGCACCUGCUGAGGACUCACCUAAGCCCAAGAGUCAGAGAGUCGGAGCUCCAACCACAUCUGCCUGCAUGCCUUUCCCAGGCUCUCCCCAAGCGGACAGCCAGCACCCCCUCCCCAAAGACCGGGCAGUUCCUGACCAGCACCCCACCAAGUCCUCAGUAAGGCCUGUCUUUGGGGGAGCAGGGUUUCAGGAGGACAGUGGGGGUGGUGUAGAACUCACGGCUGGCGGUUCCGGGCCUCUCAGGAAGCUUUGCCACUGGGCUUGGGGUUAA